UUUUGUAAAAAGAAAAAAAAAACAUGGAUGAUUAAACUUUUUUUUGCUGAACUUUUUUUAAAUUAUUUUCUUUUCUCCUCUUUUUUAAAAUUAUGAGCAAAAGACCAGGAGAAGAUUUAGAGGCUCCUGUUACUAAAAAAGUGUCUUACGACUAUAUUAGAGAACCUUCUAUCUUUAACAUUAAGCCAGUAGAUGAUGUUAUCAAAUACAUUGCUGAUUUUAUUUCGAAAUAUUGUCAUAUGGAGCAUGUUGAAAUUGAAGCAAAGCUCGGUGUACUUAUUGAUAAGCAAACAAAUGAGAGAAUAGCUAUUGAGGCCCUUUCAGAAACAAUCAUCGAUCCAAGACAUGCUCGAUACUAUCGUUUUGAAUCCAACAUGACACUAGAACAACACCGUCAUUUUAAUAACAUGCUGAAUGAUCUUGUCAACAAGACACAAGCACGCGAAUACAAGGGAGAACGUAUCAAAUACAAACAUACGAUCGAAACAGAUCGUUUUUAUGAGAUGCCAAACUCUCGUCAAAAAUGUAGAGUGACUACAGACAAAGAAGGCAAGAUUGUGCCUCAUGGCAUUAUUGAAAAGCAACGCGUGGCAGACUUGAACAUCCAUGCACCCAACCAACUCUUGGAUUAUCGUAUCUCCAUCAAUAUUGAAAAGCCACAACCCAAACCUACCACAAGCCCUUCUUUCGAACGCAACAAGGACCGGAUAUCUUAUCAACACGGUAAUAUUGCCUUUGAUCUCACACAAGUUAAGGGACCUGAUACGCCUACUCGCCAUGAACUUGAGCUUGAAUUUGCUGAUGCCAGCCUAUUAGCUCAAGAGAAGCUUAAAUAUGAUAGAAAGGAGAAUUCUCAGUAUACACAAAUGAUAGAGAUCUUUAUGAACAACAUUCGAUUACUCAGUCGUAGUGCUCUUAAAUAAUAAAAGAAAGA